GCGAAAGAUGACUACAGAAUUUAAAAAAAAGCAAAGCCAUGAAGGAGUUAAAGGAACAUUGUUUGUUGGUUAAUUGUACUUAAAUGACAAUCACAAUCAUAAUAUACUAGUCGUAGAGAGGUGGUUUCACACAAUUGUCAACAAUAACACACAUCACUCUGCAUCAAUCAUUCCUGAAACCCACAAAAGCAUAUAAUAUUCAAAGAAAAAGAUCAAAACUUUCAUAUGUACACAGAGUGUCAUCCUGUACUGGAUUUGAAUGGUUAAAGUCACCUUAACUCCUAUCCAAGGCAAAUAUUAGAGGUAACUGUUGUUCAUAUUUUGAAAUAGCUGAUUUUUUCCACUUGUCAAGAGGCAACGACGCACCACAAAAUCACAUAUCUUUAAAAUUACAUUAAAUAACAUUUACUGAGCAGGUUGUGAUACUGUUCAUACAUUUCCUGUGUCAAACACAAGAGUGCUACAUACAUUGUUAUGUAUGUCAGGUGUUUGUGACCUAAAUGACAAAAUUAGUAGCUCAGGGGUUAAACUUCGAGGCAAGUUCACUGAGGCUAAGGUCACAGAAAAGACCUGUGAUCGAACCACAGCUGAGCUAAUGUUUUACCAUGGUAUUGCAUGUACACAUCCAAUAUAAGGCACAUCAUUCUGAUGAUGCUAACUUCUGCACAGCUGUGAUAGACAAAUAGGUACUUUAUAGCCUUCUUCCUCAUUUGCGAGAUUCUACAUAAAACAAAAUUUCUGCUUAACUAGCUGAAUUGUUAGAAAGGAAAUCACAAACCUUUGAACAACUGAGUGAAACAGACAACUAGACUACAGCAAGUUUGUAAGCGACUGGUAUUAUGAAGAUGAUCUGGGGCCUCUGCCUGCUUUGUUUGGCCGGGGGUUUAGGAGCAAUCCAUUCAGCUCCGGUCAGGAAGACCGGCAAGAUGGAAGACAAGGCUGCGCCACAGGAAGAAGUGAACGUGCUCAUGUUUGGUGUCAUACAGUUCAGUGAAUCCCUCAACUAUGUUUAUGAAACAACUAAGGCAAAGAUAGGUAAAAUCAGCCAGGCUUUGAAGAGCCAUGAGGAGACUCUCCAAAAGCUGGGGAGGCAGACUGAGCAGGCUGCAGAGGUAGAGAAACAGAUGAAAGAAGUGAUACAGUUGCUACAGGCCCAGAUGGCCAAGCAACAGGCUCAGACCAAGAUGACUAAAGACUGGCUGGCCAGCAUGGAGAAGGAAGAGGUGGAGCUGAAAACAAAAGUGAAGAGGUUGGAGAUGUAUCUCAACAACUCUGUACCCACCAACAUCAAACAGCUGCAGGAGAGAGCAGAGGAGCACUCCAACAUCUUGAAAGGUUUACAGCAUUUGACCCAAUUCCAAAAAGAGAAUAUUGAGACUCACAAUGAGCAGCUUUCCAAACUGCAGAAUAUAAGUGAAGCAAUGACAUAGUCAUUUUAAGAUUCAUCACUGAGGUCUCCAAGUCCAUCCAGAUCUAAACUCUGUAAUGUUGGUGCACUCCCUUCCAACCCUGCUAUGUAUGCUAUAUACUGUAUCUACCGUAUGGCCAGAAAAUAUUUUGUUAGUACUCCUGUGAUUAUGUCCUUGUUGUUUCAGCUCUCAUCUAUUUCUCAUGUAACAUUUUUUGUGUCUUUUGUUUGUCUUGACUUUGAUGUACUUUGUAAACUUCAUUUUUAAAAAAGAGCCAUUCAAAUUAAGUUAACUUAUUAAAGAUUUUGUUUCACCAAACAGUAUCUUGUGCUAUUCAUAAGCACAUGUAAAGAAAAAAAUGCAAAGAUAAUAGCUUGUUUUUAUUUAUAUAUUUUACAAAAUAAUUAUAUCAAUAAAAUGUGUUUUAAUUGGAAAUUCAGAACAUUCUGUCCUCUUUGUUUAAAAC